GAUUUUCUAAAGUUUCAAAUUCGUUCAUUAAUAUUGUUUAAGAUGAAUAUCUUUGAAUGGUUAUCAAAAGGAUUGUUACCACCAAAACCAGAUCCUAGAUUAGAUACAUUUCCUUUAAUGUCUUCAUGGACACCUACAGCUUUAAUUACAUUAACUUAUAUUAUUGGAGUAUAUGCAUGGAAAGCUGAAUGUUUGAAAAGACAUAAAAAUCAACUUAAAAACAAAGAGGAAAUUAAUUCUAUCAUGAAAAAUACUAAAUCAUCAUCGAAUAAUAUGAUUAAACAACUUAUGAUUCUAUAUAAUGUGAUAAUGGUUAUCUAUUCUGCUAUUAUCUCAUUCACUACUAUGUGGGCUGCAUAUAAUUUGGGUUAUGGAUUAGGUUGUGUAGAACUACCAGAUCCUAAUGAUAAAAGAACUGAUAUACUUGUAUGGGUUGGAUAUUUUUUCUAUGUAUCUAAACUUGUAGAAUUGUUAGAUACUGUUUUUUUCUUAUGGAGAGGUAAAGUUGAUCAAGUCACAUUUCUACAUGUAUUUCAUCAUGCAACUAUGCCACCAUCAAUUUGGUGGGGAGUAAAAUAUGCACCGGGUGGUGUAACAUUUAUGUUUCCAUUGAUCAAUUGUUUAAUUCAUGUUGCUAUGUAUACUUAUUAUGGAUUAGCUGCUGCUGGUGCAAAUCGUUAUUUAUGGUGGAAAAAUUAUUUAACAUUAGCUCAAAUGAUUCAAUUUAUUAUUUUUAUCUUUCAUCAAGGUCAAAUCUUUCUACAAUCUACACCAUGUAAUUAUCCUAAAAUAUUCCCAGCUGCUAUUGUAUUAUAUGCUACAGUAUUUUUAAUAUUAUUCUCUAAUUUCUAUAUUAAAGCUUAUUGGCAUAAACAACGAUUAGCUAAAAGUUUAGAGAAACGUCAACAACAACAACAUCACCGCCAACAACAACAGAAUGUUCAUUUCAUUGAUACAUUACAACAUAAUGGUGGACAAUUGUUUCAUGAGAAGAAUGGUACCAUUAAACAAAUAAAUGGUUAUGAUAAAUCUCAUAUAAAUAAGUUAACAUUACAUAAAAUUGAUUAAUAGUCAAAACAUGAUUUAUUUAUCUGACACAAAGUAAUCAGUUUUAUUUGUAACCAUGUUUGUUUUUGUUUGUUUUGAAGAAGAAGAAGAAGAACAAAUAGCUUAUUUUCCUUUCUCCCUGCCUCCUUCCUUCCCCCCACCCCUCCAAGUCAAAUGUUUAAGGGGUCAUUUCUAGGAGUUUCUCUUAAAGAAAAACACGACUUUGAUUUUGUAAUUUCUCUUACAGUUACUCACUAUUCAAUACAUGUACACAUAUCAUCUAUUCAAAUAUUAUUUUCUUAUAUCAUAUAACAAGAUGAUGAUAUGAGAUCUUUUAGGAAGGAAUCAAACUUUAUUUAAAUAACCCUCUGUCAAACUGUAAUCUGUAUAUAUCAGUUACAUGAAGUGAGUUUUUUUGUUGUUGGAAGAUAUUUACUUUUAUGUAAUUGACUAUUGUUUGACAAAAAAAAGAUGAAUGAGGAUUUUGAUCAUACAUCCUCAAAUAGGCCAUAGUACAUCCACUGGAAUAUCUCUGGGUAUAUCUAUGUAUGUGUUUGUUCGUUUGCACAUCUCCUUCACACCUCAUUUGUUGCUCUUUUCAAUCUCUGUAAAAUUGUACGAAUUGUGUAUAAAUUAUUAGUAGUAUAUGUUUCUCUUAUCUUACGUCUGUUACUCCUAGAGGAGCAUAGGCCACCGACCAGUAUUCUCCAACUCACUCUAUCCUGGGUCUUAUUUUCUAGUUCCAUCCAAUUCUUGUUCAUCUUUCUAUUGUCUAUCUCCAUUUCCCGGCGUAAUGUGUUUUUUUGGUAUUCCUCUUUUCCUUUGGCCUUGAGGAUUCCAUGUGAGGACUUGUCUUGUGACGUAGUUGGGUACUUUCCUCAAUGUGUGUCCUCUCCACUUCCAGCGUUUCUUCCUGAUUUCUUCUUCCGCUGGAAUAGUAUAUGUAUACAUAUCAUAAAAUAUUGUAAGUAUAUGUAUAUGUAUAAUAAAAAAUUCUUGAUUUUUACUACUGUUA